CCAUGAGCACAAGCCGGGGCAUCAACGUCAAGGACGUCGCGUCGGACCAGUUCGUGGUUGCCUACGCCGCGCACCUCAAGCGCAUUGGCAAGAUCGAGGUGCCCAAGUGGGCCGACCUGGUCAAGACGGCGUCGUACAAGGAGCUCGCUCCCUACGACCCCGACUGGUACUACAUCCGUGCAGCUGCGAUGGCGCGGCGAGUGUACAUGCGUGGGGGCGUCGGCGUGGGCGGCUUCAAGAAGAUUUACGGCGGCCGGAAGAUGCGCGGCACGCGGCCCGAGACGUCCGCCAAGGGCUCGGGCUCCAUCGCGCGCCACAUCCUCAAGCAGCUGGAGGUUCUGAAGAUUGUCGAGAAGGUUCCCGAGGGGAAAGGGCGCCGCAUCACGCCGCAGGGCCAGCGCGAUCUCGACUCCAUCGCCGGCCAAAUCGGCGAGAAGUCCUAGGGGGCCCACCCCCCGAACCGUAUCCGAGUCCACUCAUUGAGAGCAGAGAGCGGUGGGGCAGCGCGCCCCCCGCGCUCGCGUAUACCGAGUCCUCGCGCGCGCCCGCGCUCGUCAUGUUGCCGCGGUGUGUUAAGAAGUAGAGUGCGUGCCUUGACAGGACAGAUUAAUCGUAUUUGCCAAUACGCGCUUAGGAAUCCU